CGCCGUCAUAACCGCGCCCUCUCCCUACUGGUGGGUGGCGGUUGUCGUGCGCCGCACCGUACGUGUCCUGCUCCCGUCCACGAGCCGCCGCGCUCCGGCGCUGACAUGGCGCUGGAGGCGCGGAGGAUGGAGGGCGACGUGGAGGACGGUGAGCUCUGCGACUCGGACUCCGACAUGCCCGGCGCCGGCUCCCCUGACGACCCUCAGCAGAAAUCACAUGAUGGCAACGAUUCAGGCAGACUGUUCCAGAGCAGCAUUUCAUCAUGUGCACCAACUGUUCCUUAUCGGACAACCAAAAGUGUGGAUUCAAGUGAUGAAAGCGUUUCUGAUUCUGAUGAUGACAGCUGUCUUUGGAAACGAAAGCGACAGAAGUGUUUCAACUUCCCUCCUGCUAAAUCUGAGCCUUUUCAGCUUAGCCAGAGCCACCAAAAACAAACUGCAGUAGGUGCCAAGAAGGUCAACAACAUUUGGGGUCUGGUGCUCCAGGAGCAGAAUCAGGAUGCAGUGGCUACUGAGCUUGGGAUUCUAGGCAUGGAUGGUAGUAUUGACAGAAGCAGGCAGUCUGAGACUUACAAUUAUUUAUUGGCUAAAAAGCUGAUGAAAGAAGCUCAGCAAAAGGAGGCAGAGACUUUAGAUAAAGAACUGGAUGAAUACAUGCAUGAUGACAAGAAAACAUUGCCAGCAGAAGAAGAAAAUGGGCAAGGCUUUCUGAAACGGAAGCGGCCUGUUAAAGAUAGACUGGGUGAAAGACAAGAGAUGAAAUACAAAGGGAGGUAUCAUAUAACAGAAGAAGAUUCAGAGGAAAAAGUGGCAGAUGAAAUUGCUUAUCGGCUUUGUGAGCCAAAGAAAGAUUUAAUUGCCCGAGUAGUGAAAAUAAUUGGGAAAAGAAAAGCUAUCGAACUGCUUAUGGAAACAGCUGAAGUGGAACAAAAUGGUGGACUCUUCAUAGUGAAUGGAACUAGAAGAAGAACACCAGGGGGCGUUUAUUUAAACCUGCUGAAGAACACACCUAGCAUCAAAGAAGAGCAAAUCAAGGAAAUAUUCUAUCUGGAAAACCAAAAAGAGUAUGAAAACAAAAAAGCAGCUAAGAAGAGGAGAAUACAAGUUCUAGGAAAGAAGAUGAAAAAGGCCAUUAAAGGGCUUAACCUGCAAGAAUAUGAUGAUGCGUCUCGUGAGACUUUUGCUAGUGAUACAAAUGAGGCUCUGGCUUCCCUGGAUGAUCUGCAGGAGGGGCAUCAUGAAACAAAGAUGGAACAUGAAGAUACUAUUGAAAUUGAUAAUGCUCAUGAUUUGGAGAUCUUCUAGUUAGUAGUGUUCUUGAUGACAAAGUCUCUAUAAAACAUAUUAAACGAGCCUUUCUUAUAAUCCCAUGACUUCUUGUUUUCAUAAGCUGCAGAAACAUGGGAAAUACUUGAUUCUGAAGAACAUGAUAGAAUUCUUAGCUAAAUUUAACAGCAUGAAAGAUGUUAGUUGUCCUAUUUUUUGUUUGCUGAGUCCUCAAAAGUGUAAUGUUUUUCUAGAUAAUAGCUCUGCAUCAUGUUUAUUCCUUAGGAACAUUUUUUGAGCCACAUUAGGUUUAGGAAUUAAGGCAAUACUUCAACCAAAUACAUCGUACUUAAUUUGCUGAAGCUAACAAAAGUAAUCAAGUGAGCAAUGAUCCUCAUUUCAGUUGAACAGAUAAAACAGUAUAAAGUUACUUUUAAUAUAAAAGAUUGUAUGUUCUAAAUAUGGCAAUGUAUUGAUAAGAAUAGCAGUGUUUGUAGGAGUAAGACCUGUAAAAACAGAUUCGUUUAUAAAAUUAACUUAAUGACUUUUGAAUACUAAACUUGUUACGAGCACUGUUGAGCAAUUAUGUUUAAAUUUCUGCAGCAGGUUAAUCCUUCAUAUUAUAAUAGUGACUUGAGCUUCCUACCUGUUCUGUCUGGACUUUUUCCAUGAGUAGACACACACACAGUUCAUACAGAUCUUUUUGUUUGAAAACAGCUAUAAAUGAAUGGUUUCUGAGUAGUGAGAUUGUACUAACAUGUUCCCCUCAAGGGUUUGUAGACUCUACAUGCAGGUAUAAACUCUUCACCUUACAAUUCUUGUUUCCACGCUUCUCGCAUGUGCAGUAGGAUAAAGUAAUGGUUGUCUUGCAGAAGUUCUGAAGUUUUUCUCUGCUAAUUCUUAAGAAAACAGUAGUAUGCAAAAGGUGAUUUUCUUACUUGAUGCAGAAGACUAUUGCGUAGUUCUAGAGUUCAAUUGAACACAAUUUUUACGUUGAAUAUUUUUAAUAUAACUGAAGAACAUGUGCAACACUGAUAUGUGUGAUGUCUAAAAUACUUUGUCACUAACAAGUUGUGUCUAGGCAAUUAUUUUCCAGUAUAACAUAUUUCUGAAAUAUGAA